GUGUGACCGAGUCCGUUGGCCGAUUGCGACUUCUCACUCGGAAAAACUCCGUCGCGUUUUCGACGUUAUACGCUCCGAUCGUGCACUUGCCGCAAAUUCGAAAAAGGAGAGCGCGGGACACGGAUAGAUAGAGCUGGCUGAAGCGUGGGAAGGUGGGAAAAGGGAUACUUCGGAGUAGAACAGAUAGAUCGACGAGAGCGGCACAGCGAACACCCACGGCUGGAAAGGGCGCACGAUGAAAACGUACAGCAGGAAAAAGGGUGACAGCCCAAGCAACGUGAUCAUCCAUGUCAACGAGCUAUGCCGGCUCUGCCUGGCGAAGGAAGAGGAGAUGGUGCCGAUUUACGACGAUGAGACUGUGCCAAUGCCGCUGCGGAUACUCUCCUGCGUCAAUAUCGAGGUGGGUCGAGGUUUUUGAGCAGGAUGGCCUGCCUAACAUGAUAUGUCAUCCCUGCAAAUAUCAGUUGGAGAAAUCCUAUCAAUUCAGAAAAAAAUGUCAGGCUGCAGACUCCAAACUUAGAAAGCAUAUGAAGUUGAUACAACAGUUGACUGGACAGGACGAAGAAGGCGAGAAUCAGGAUAGCAGUAGGGACGAGUCUCAAGAAUCCACGGGAAAGUCCAAGCAAGUUAAGCAGCUGCUAGCUGAUCUAGUUUCAACGAAAGGCAACAGUGGUCAGACAGAUGGAGAUCCUAUCGAGGUGACAGAGGAGGAACUCGUUGGUGGCUAUAUCCUGGGAAUGACUUCUGAAAAUCCGGAGAUGGAGGAAAAUAUCUCAGAGGAUCCGGAGAACAUUACGCUGGUACCUGCUGAGGAACGAAUGGCGAAGGCACGCUGUACGAUAAGGACAUCGCGUAUCAAACAAGAGCAGGAGUCCGAUGACGAGACGGAAGAGAUACAGCGAGGAAUAGGAAAUGAACACAAGAAUGUUUACAUGAUGGAGGUCACCAGUGACAAUCCUAAUGAGCCUGAUUCAUUGAAGUUACAGCCCUUGGGUGAUACAAUCGUUGAUGCUAAUCCAGAAUUGAAGGUGUUUAAAUGCGACAAAUGCCCGAAAGCGUUCACCCGGAGAAUAAUGUUGAAGAGUCAUCAGUCAGUACAUUCUACACAGAGAGGAUUUACGUGUCAGGCAUGCGAAAAAUGGUUUCCGACAAGAUCUGCGUUAGUAAGACACGAGCGUACACAUACAGGUGAGAAACCAUUUGGUUGCAACAUCUGUCACCGUGCUUUCGCUCAGAAAGAGAUUUUGUUCCGGCACUUAAUGACACAUUCUGGCCAAAAACCGUUUCAAUGCCAACAUUGCGAUAAGAGCUUCACGCAGCGAGAAGCGCUUAAAGUACACAUGCGUCGGCAUCAGAAAUUGAAUCCGAAUGAUAUUCAAUUGCAUCAUUGUCAACUUUGUCCAAAAGCGUUUUGUCACGCGUCGGGUCUCAGCAGGCACUUGGUUACGCACACUGGUAGAACGUACAAGUGCGUUGAGUGCGAGAAGACAUUUACAGAUAAGAGUUCACUGCUAAGACACAGUCGUAUCCAUGCGCCCAAGAAACUCAUAGCAAAUUGAGCAAUAUUUGUUCAGUUUGUUGUGAUUUUCCUGGGAUCUAGUGGAUAUGAAAAAUUCUUUCAAAUUUUUGAUCUGUGUCGGAAUUAGACCUGCAGUGAAUUGUCUAUAUUAGCGAGAAAAAUUUCCAAUCUAGAUUUUUGAAGAGUUUUUUGUGUUUAUUUCAUUGAGAUGGGCUUAAUUGUGUAAUCUUAUAUGUAAUUCAUACAUUUAAUGUUAAGGAACAUUUAACGUAUAUUUAUUUUGGUCACUUUUGUAUAAAUAUUAGCAAAUCUUAUUUAAGAAACUUAUUUAAGAAACUAUGCAAACAAUGCAUUUGUAUGUACACGAAAUGGAAUCUAAAAUGUAAAAAUUCAAAAAUUCAAAACAAAAAAUAUUAAAAAUUUUAAAAAUGCAAGUAAAAUAUACAAAAAAGUAUUGAAACAUCUUGAUUACUUCAUUGCUAUUUAUACAAGAAUGAUUAAAAUAAACUCAAUAUUAGUUUUAAGUUCCGAACAUUUUUUUAUUCAAUUGAUAUUUUUGUAUGCAUAAAGGAAUUAUAAUUCCGUAUCAUUUUUUAAUACUAAGUGCAAUUUGAAUGAAGCAUAUGCAACAUAAUAAAAACGUCAGCUAAAUAUAGAAUAAUAACAACAUUGAUUGCAUUAAUAUAAUUUAGCUUUCCCCUUUUAGGCAG